AUGUUGUCCACGGUUGUCUCUCUGCUAGCUGCGGCCGGCCUGGCCGCCGCCAUUGAGAAGAGCCACUGCAGGUCUCUCAAGCUUUCCUCUAUCACUACUAUAUGGGGGUCUAAGCACACCGACACGGGUACUACUGCUGCUAUUGCUACUGCUGCCACCACGGCCAAGGCCAGCAGCUCAACCAGCUACUUCAAAGGCCUUGCCUUUGACCGCUUCGUUCUCGGCUCCAAAGAGGGGACCCCGAAAGAUGCCAACAGUAUCUACAGCCAACUUCACCUCACAGCGAUGGCACACAUCGUUCCUUAUGAUGAAGGCCCAACCAUCACUCAUAAAGGCAUCGCCAAUGAUGUUCCGCUCGCAACUUAG